GCAGGAAAAAAAAGUGAGAUUAUCGGCCAAGAAAGUGUUUUUUGGCAGCAGCUUGGUGCUCAGUGCGCGCGCAGCACCGGCGCGGGUCCGUCCCCCUCCUCCUGAUUACAGCCAGAGACAUCCAAUCAAACGCCGAUCUCAUCGAUCCCUGCUCGCUCACCGCGGAUUUUGGAGGCGCUCGGACAAAAUUAAGCAAGCAGGCAUCGGCGCGGGAGGGACACAAAGUCCGUCCGUCUCUCUCUUCCUUCAUCCCUGAUUUGUCUGUGUUAAAAACAAACAAACAAACAAACAAACAAAAACAAACAAAAAAGUCCGUUUUGCGUGUAGAGAGAAAUAAAGAUGGACGUUUAAAGGAGUCUUUUGGAGUCUUUGGGGAUUUUUUUUGUUUAUUUUUGGCGGAAUGAGACACUGACCCUAAAACCCAGUGCGCUUUUUCCUCUGAACCCCGCAGGAUAUGGAUAACGCAGUCGAUCAAGCGAGCGACUCGCCUGUUGCGGCUGCCAGCGCGGACUGAGUGAGAAACGCAGCGAGCCUCAGAGCGGUUUUUUCCCUUCUUCCCUCUCACAGCGCACUGCUUGAGACAGAAAGCGAGGGCGAGAGAAGGAAAACGCGAUCGGCUUUUCAGCUUCUUCUGCUUCACGUCUGCACCUCGUUUCUUCGUCUUAACAUAUUUGGGCUCUGAAAGCCUCCAAUGCCAGUGUGGUGAAAAGGGUGAAAGGCGCCGCGGGAGCCGCGUGAAGGGAAGCGCAGCUCGGAGCGACACGAGCAGCAGCUCCGGACUCAAACUCUGCAGAAAGACCCUUCGACAAACACACACUCUCUUUCUUUCACACACGCACAGACCACAACCCAGUACUCCACCAUGCCGAGGAGGAAACAGCAGGCGCCCCGGCGCUCGGCAGCAUAUGUUCCUGAGGAGCUAAAAGAAGCUGCCUUAAUGGAUGAGGAUGUAGAGGGAGAUGAUUCAGCGGUCGAGGAGGAGGCUGCUGUUAAAUACAUGUGCCAAGACAAGGACUUUCUUCUCAAAGACCGGCCAGGCUUCCACGAUUCUCCAACUGCAGACCUUUCCAGCCAUGAAAUGGACAGCGAGUCACAUCUCAGCGAGACCAGUGACAGGAUGUCAGACUUUGAGAGUGCCUCGGUGAAGAACGAGGAGGAUAUCACUGCCAAGGAGCCACUUACACCACUUAAUUCAACUACGCCCAUGAAGAUGCCAGCUGUGGCCCCGCCCAGCAGUGAGGAAACACCCAAUGCAGGCCCAGAUAGCCUUGAGCAGAUGAAGGCCAUUUACACCAGCUUCUUGACCAAUUCUUACUGGUCAUCACUGAAUAUGACACAGCCUCCAUCUGAAAAACCUCCACGCAGUCACAGUAGUAGCAGCAGCAGUAGUAGCAGCAGCAGUAGCUGUGGCAGUGGAGGCUAUGAUUGGCACCAGUCAGCUGUUGCCAAAACCUUGCAACAAGUUUCACAGAAUCAGAACAGAAUACUACACCCAGCUUCUGAGCCUAACCUCUUUAGCACUGUGCAACUGUACCGGCAAAGCACUAAGCUCUAUGGCUCCAUCUUUACAGGUGCCAGCAAGUUCCGCUGCAAAGACUGCAGUGCUGCCUAUGAUACACUAGUUGAGCUUACGGUGCACAUGAAUGAAACAGGCCAUUACCGAGAUGAUAACCACGAGACAGACAGUGAGGGCACAAAGCGCUGGUCCAAGCCACGCAAACGUUCUCUGCUGGAGAUGGAAGGUAAGGAGGAUGCUCAGAAAGUACUCAAGUGCAUGUACUGUGGCCACUCCUUUGAGUCACUACAGGAUCUAAGUGUGCAUAUGAUCAAGACGAAACAUUAUCAAAAAGUGCCUCUCAAGGAGCCUGUGACACCUGUGGCAGCCAAGAUCAUCUCCUCUGCUCGGAAAAGAGCUCCCAUUGAGCUGGAUCUGCCCAGCUCACCAGACUCUAAUGGAGGAACACCCAAACCCUCUCUCACCGACACCAGUGACCUCUUGCAGAAGACAGCAAAUCCCUACAUUACUCCUAAUAAUCGCUAUGGGCAUCAGAACGGUGCUAGCUAUGCAUGGCAGUUUGAAUCUCGAAAAUCCCAGAUCCUGAAAUGCAUGGAAUGUGGAAGCUCCCACGAUACUCUUCAGGAGCUAACAGCUCACAUGAUGGUUACUGGGCACUUCAUCAAGGUUACCAACUCUGCCAUCAAGAAAGGCAAGCCUAUUAUGGAGGCGCCAACCAACCCGCCUCCUAACACCAUGUCGUCUAGUGAAGAUAAGGUACAGUCAGUGCCACUGGCUGCUACAGCUUUUUCCCCACCUCCUCCUGCACCCCCACCACCCAGCAUAUCUCCUGCCAUUACUGCUAUGGAAAUUAAAAAAGAGGAAAAGGAAGAAGAGUGCACAAAGGAAACCACUAAUGGCAGCAAAGAGAAAAAAGCAACAGAAGACGAAGGUGAGGAGAAGUUUGACAUUUCUUCCAAGUAUCCGUAUUUGACUGAAGAAGACCUGGAAGAAAGCCCUAAAGGUGGGAUUGACAUUCUCAAAUCACUGGAAAACACAGUUACAUCUGCCAUCAACAAAGCACAGAAUGGCACUCCCAGCUGGGGAGGAUAUCCCAGCAUCCAUGCUGCUUAUCAGCUGCCAAACAUCAUGAAACUUUCCUUGCGCAACUCAGGAAAGAGCUCCCCACUGAAGUACAUGUUCUCGGGUGAAGAGAUCCUAUCCCCAACCAAAAAUCAACCUCUUAUCUCUCCUCCAAGCUGUCAAACCUCACCUCUACCCAAAAAUAACUUUCACGCCAUGGAGGAACUUGUCAAGAAAGUAACAGAAAAAGUGGCCAAAGUGGAGGAGAAAAUGAGGGAUACAACUGCACGAGCUUCCCCUCUACGGCGAACUACACCCUCUCCCUGUAGUAGUGAAGCUGGGGAGUCUGCAAGAGGGGAUUCACCCAAAGAAAGCAGAGGAGUCAAAACUCCAGACACCAAUGGGACAGUAAAUGCUCACAAGGACUCCAACGGUGAGGCCCUCGGCAAAGAGCCAUUAGAAAACGGCACUGACCAUGCUGUCAAAACUCCCGUCUCAUCUCUGUGCAGCAGCACUGCAAUUAUAACAGACCAUCCCCCAGAACAGCCAUUUGUCAACCCCUUAAGUGCGCUUCAGUCUGUCAUGAAUGUCCACCUAGGUAAAGCUGCUAAACCUGCCCUUCCAUCUCUGGACCCCAUGAGCAUGCUCUUCAAGAUGAGCAACAGUCUGGCAGAGAAGGCGGCUAUUGCUGCCUCCACUCCAGCUCAGACCAAAAAGACAAACGACCAUCUUGACCGCUACUUCUACCACAUUAACAAUGACCAGCCCAUUGACCUGACUAAAGGCAAAAGCGAAAAGAGCAGCUCCCUGGGAUCAGCUGUAUUGUCCUCCACCACUUCAACUCCUUCCUCUGUGUCACCUUCUUCAACCAUUACUAUGGCCAAGGCAUCAUCUGCUGUGGCUUCAUUCAUGUCUAAUUCACCUUUGCGUGAAAAUGCACUGUCUGACAUUUCUGAUAUGCUUCGCAACUUAACAGAAAGCCAUGUCUCCAAAUCUUCCACACCAACUAGUCUGUCUGAGCGAUCAGAUAUAGAUGGUGCUACGCAUGAGGACACUGACGACAUGUCACCAGCUCAGAAACGUAAGGGUCGGCAGUCAAACUGGAACCCUCAGCAUCUGCUUAUCCUGCAAGCACAGUUUGCCUCCAGCUUGAGACAAACAAGUGAUGGCAAAUAUAUCAUGUCUGACCUCAGCCCACAGGAACGCAUGCAUAUCUCUCGCUUCACUGGCCUUUCAAUGACUACCAUUAGCCACUGGCUGGCCAACGUCAAAUACCAGUUGAGGCGGACAGGUGGCACAAAGUUCCUGAAGAACCUUGAUUCUGGCCAUCCCGUGUUCUUCUGUGGUGACUGCGCUUCACAGAUACGCUCCCCUUCCACCUACGUCAGCCAUCUUGAAUCACAUCUGGGCUUUCGGCUUAGAGACCUGGCUAAAUUAUCUGGAGAGCAGCUAGUCAACCAGAUAUCACGUCAUGCAAAGGGGCUCUCUGAGAAACUGCUGUCAGCUCAAGCGCACGCCUUGACCCACUCAAUCCAUAACCCUAACAACAAUUCCAACCCAAGUCCGCACUCCAAUUCCCAUUCCCCUUCCCCAGACGAGGAAGCCAGUGGCUCCACAUAUCAGUGUAAACUGUGCAACCGGACUUUUGCUAGCAAGCACGCUGUCAAACUCCAUCUGAGCAAGACUCAUGGCAAAUCCCCCGAGGACCACCUUAUGUAUGUCUGUGAACUUGAGAAACCUUAGCGCUGACCAAGGACUUACUACUUUGUCUUUCACCCAUCUCUAUUUCUCAUGCUUUCCCUGAAGCCUUCUCUCUAACAUUUCUUAAAACCAAGAUGAACUGAUGAAGACUAACAAAGAAAUAACUGCACAUAGAUGCCAUAAAACUACUGUUCAGUUUCGGCACAUGAUGUGUGGGUUUUCCUCUUGGAAUAACUCAUUCUGGUUAAGAAACAUUCUCUUUUCUCAUUUUAGGUAAAAAAAUAAAGAAAAACAAAAAUGGUAAUUUUCUAACUGUGCAGUGUUGAGUGAAGAGGUUCUGUUGUCACUGGUAAAAUAUGAAGGUAUAUAAGAAAAACUUUAAAUGAAGUUGUAUGUAUUUGGAAGUUGUGUAAAUUGGAUUCAAUUUUAUUUCUUUUGUUUUAUCUUUUUAUUUAAAUUUUUUUUUUCUUCUUUGUUUUGGGCAUCUCCCAGAUGCAGUAAGCUGCAUGCAUCGAUGAAUUGGUUUAGUUGAACUUUUUAUAAGCUUCUUUGUUUUUUUAUUUAUUUUUUGUUUUUCUUUUUUUUUUGUUUUUUUUUGUUUUUUGUUUUGUUUUUUUGGAGUUUUUUUUUAGUUAAUGUGACCUGUGUGUGCUGAUGUCAGCAGACAAAAUUUAACCCUCUGAGUACGUGCAAAAUCUUGUACAUUACCAGUCCAGAAUAUACACAGUAAAAAGAGAGAAAUCAGAGAUUGGACAUGCCCACGUUCAAACAUAUUUGAGAGGCCACAUUAUUGUGUAUUUUGAUACCUCACAAAAUCAAAUAAAGAAAAGAAAAAUGGGGGGAAAAAAUACUAUACAUGAUACCUGAAUGGUUUCUGAUGCAAAACGUGUGUGAUCUCAAAAUAACAGUCUCUUAGUUUUCUGAAAUCAGGGGCCUUUUGAAUUCAGGUCGGUGUAAAAAAAAAAAUGUACAUAUAAACAUAUAAACUAAUUUCUGUUUAAAUUAUGCAUCAUUUUAUAUUUUUUAUUUAAGAGGAGUAUGACUAUCUACUGGUGCACAAUAUAUGAAGACAUUAAUUAAAUUGUUUUGCACAAUAGUUUUAUAAAUGUUAUUUAAUCAGAUGAUAUAAAAUUGAGAGGAAAACAAAACCCACCCUAAUCUUUUAUUUCCACCUCGUGCUCAAAGGGUUAAACUUCUUGUACAAGACAAUACUUGUUCCAUCGUUUCUUGAACAUUUCAAAGGUUGUACAAAAAGAUGCUACUUUAUAAUGCAAGGAGGAAUUCCACAAAUGUAACGUAUUAUUUAUAAGCACUCUUGGUUGUUGUUUUAUAUUGUAGAAUGCCUUUUUGAUUGGUAACAUUUAUGUUGUUCUGUCUAAUUAUUCUCCCAUGAUUCCACACUGCGGCUUUAUAAUUUUUGGGGGGGAUCUGAAGGGUAACCAUGGUUACUCUUCCUCCGAUUGACAGUUCUGCUACAUUUUUGGCAGUUAAUUUGCUGAAAUAACUGACAGCUGCCAGUGAAUGGAAAUAUAAUGUGUAAAAUAUUGGCAUGUAAACAGCACAGGCACUGUUAUGCAUUCUGUGCCGUGAUUCUCUUUUUGUUGUUGUUGACAAUGAACCACCCAUUAUAUGACUUCAUAUAACCUUUUUUUCUACUGCAGCAUUAAAAAUGACAAUGUUUUGUUUUUUGCAAUAA